CAGCGCCCGGCCCGGCGCUCUGGGCAGCGGCGCGCGGGUCCCUUUAAAUCGGGCUGGCCGGUUGCCAGGCAACGGCACGGCCCGCGCUGGCCCUGCACUGCAGAGGUUCUGCCCGGGGCCGGUCCGGAGGGGUAGCGUUGGCCAGCGCCGAACCGAGGGCAGCCGCCCGCCGCUGGUGGUCGUCUUCAGGGAAGAGGGGCCAGGGCCCACCGGACCCCACCCACGCCGCCAGUUCAAUCUGGAGAAGGAGGACAGUGGCAUCAGAUAGAAGACCUUGGACGUCAGGAAUUGAAUUGGAAGAGGUGCCUGAAGAAAUGGAUGCUAGAAGAAAACACUGGAAGGAGAAUAUGUUUGCUCCUUUUUAUGGUGCACAGGAUAUUCUAGAUGAGGCUCCUCAGCUUGAAUCCUCUUCUGAACAAAUGACUUUAGGUGAGGCCAAGAGAAUGGAAGGGAUUUUUAAUUUGUCUAGUAGAAAGUUUCAAGAAGAGAAUAAAUUUAAAAGGAAAGAAGUUAUUUCUCAACCAAAUGAAAAUGAACAAGAACCAAAUUUAAGAGAGAGAAAGAUAAACAUUUCAAAGAAUGAGGCAGACACAAAUUCUGCCUCCUGUGAAUCAUCUAAUUUAGACAUUGCAGCUGAAGAAAGCUUUAAUGGUGCAGAAGAGCCUCUUAGCUGGGGUACAGAGGAAUUAUCAGCUCCACCACGAAAAGACAAGAAGACGAAAUUCACCGAAGAACUGUCUCCAAAACUUCGCCUGAAUCUUUUGAACGAAGAGCUGGAAGCGCUUAACAUGCAAUGCAGAAAAAUAGAAGAGGAAUUCGAAAAUGCGGAAAAAGAACUUUUGAACUGCAAAAAAGAAGUCUCCUCAAAACCCCUAAAUUUUCAAGAAGCAGGGAUGGAAACUUCCAAGAAAGACUGGGAACUUCAAGCUUUAAGAAAUGACCUCUCUGAAAAAGCAACAAAUGUUAAAAACUUAACAGAAGAGCUCCAGCAAGCCAAAGAGGUCAUCCACAAGUUGAGCCUUGAGAACAAGGAUUUAAAAGAAGCCGUUAGGAAGUUAAAGCAGCAAACUGAGGGUGGAAAUGCACUACUAAAGGAAGAAGUGAAACUGUAUUAUGAAUUGGAAAUGGAGAAGAUACACGGGGAGCUCAGUGCCAUCAAGAACGAACUGAGAGUGGAGAAGACCAUACGAGCAAGAAACAACAGAGCCCUGGAGCUGCUUAGAAAACACUUUGCUUCUGUAACGUCAUCAGGUACCCCUGACAGCUUUAUGGGGGAUUUUUUUUUUAAAUAAAAAAAUUAAAAAAGCCUUUCAUUAGGCAAUG